GAUUCCCAUUUCUUUUUCCUGCAAAGAACCAAAUUGUUUUGGAGGGAGAAUGGAGAGACCUCCUUGAAGUCCACUUUCCAACUGCAAUUUCAUGGCGGCACAUGAAAUGGCUUCUUCCUCUUCCUCUAGAUCAUUUACUUACGAUGUCUUUCUCAAUUUCAGAGGUGAAGAUACUCGCAAAAACUUCACUGUUUUCCUUCACAAAGCUUUGACUGCAGAAGGAAUCAAUGUCUUUACCAAACAAAAAGCAGAAAGAACCAAUACGCCUAAGGUUAGCGAAGGCUGGUCGGAAGAAGACUCGUCGGACGAAGAUUCGUCGGAUGAAAAAGAGAUCCAACCGGUUGAUGCAAUCGGACAAUCCAAAAUCUCGAUUGUUAUCUUCUCUGAAGGCUAUGCAGAUAGAAUAAAGUAUCUCAAGGAUCUGGUUAAGAUAGUUGAAUGCCAUAGAUCAAUCGAUCAAAAAAUUCUACCCAUAUUCUAUGAUGUUGAGCCAGCAGACGUUCGCAAUCAGACAGGAAGUUUUGAAAAAUAUUUUCGGAAUCACAAGGAGAGAUUUGAUGCAGAAACUGUAGAGAGUUGGAUUGAAGCCUCGAAUGUGGUAGGAGAUAUGACGGGAUAUGAUCUCAAGCAAGUAAACGGGAAUCGAUCAAAGCUAGUGGACUUAGUUGUCAAUUGGGUUUUCAGUGAAGUAAUUAGCAAUCGUUUGGGUGGUGUUAAAAACCUCAUUGGAAUAGAAGCCUGUGUAAAAGAUUUAUUAUCUCUAUUAAAUGUUGGUUCCGGUGAUAUUAUAUUUGUGGGAAUCUGUGGUAUAAGUGGCAUUGGGAAAACAACUAUUGCGAAGGCUCUUUACAAUAGUGUCUUUAAGAUCUUUGAUAAGAGUUGCUUUCUUGAAAACAUAGGAGAAGAAGAAUUAGGACCCAAGGGAUUAGUUGCUUUGCAAGAGCAACUUCUUUAUAAAGUCUCUGAAAAGAAAGUCGAAGACCAAAUAUGGAAUGUUUAUGCAGGACAACAAUUGAUAAAUGAUAGAUUAAAAGGAGAAAAGGUUCUUCUUGUUCUCGAUGAUGUGACUAGUCGUUUCCAACUUGAUGCUUUGGCCAUUGAAUUCAUUUGGUGUUGUCCUGGAAGUAGGGUUAUUAUAACAAGUAGAGAUGAACAUAUUCUCAAGUUGGCUAAAGUUGAUAAAGAUAAAAUAUACCGGCCUAAAGAAUUGGAUGAUAAUGAAUCUCUUCAACUCUUUAGUUUGUAUGCAUUUUCAAGUGACCAACCUUUAGAAGAUUAUGAGCAACUUUUCCAUGAUGUGCUACACUUGGUAGGAGGAUUGGCGUUCACUAUAGAAGUGUUGGGUUCUUAUUUCUCUGACAAAAGAGAAAAAAAAGUAUGGCAAAAUAUGAUACUAGAGUUGAAAUGAAUUCCUCAUGAUGCAGUUCAACAGAAGUUGUGGGUAAGUUAUGAAAGUCUAAACGAUGAUGAGAAAUCUAUAUUUCUUGAUGCAGCAUGCUUUUUCAUUGGAUGGAAGAAAGAAACUGUAAUUUCUCUGUGGCAAGCUUGUGGCUUUGAACCAAUAUCAGCAAUAGACAAACUCACUCAAAGGUCCCUAUUAAAAUUUAUUGCCAAUUUGGAUGAGUCCUAUGAUGAGCUAUGGAUGCAUGAUCAAAUUCAAGCCAUGGGAAGGAGCAUAAUCUAUGGACGAAACCACAUAGAACCAUGUAUGCGCAGUAGGUUGUGGGAUCAUGAUGAAAUUUUAGAUGUACUAAAAGAACACAAGGGAACUAAGAAGAUUGAAGGCAUCCUCUCAGCUUCAAAUCAAUUAUUUCCCACUGGUUGCCUAUAUAGGGAAGACUUUGCAAUGAUGAAGAGACUAAGAUUCCUCAACAUUGAUGGAGCACAUCUCGAAGGAGAAUUUCCACAUCUUCCUUCUAGCUUAAGUUGGUUCAGUUGGUGGGGAUGCCCUCUAGAAAUUCUACCAUCCAAUUUUGUUUUGAAAAAACUAGUCUUUAUGAACCUAUCGAAUAGUCGGAUUAGACAAGCAUGGACAAACAAACCUCGGAAUGAAGGUCAGUGUUUCCAAAAGUUGAAAGUUCUCCGCCUCCGGUUUUGUGAUCUAUUUGAAUCCCCUGAAUUUUCGUGGUUUCCUCAUCUAGAGACAUUGGAUCUUGGAUGUUGCAAAAACAUGGUCAAUCUACACAAAUCCAUUGGUGAUCUAAAUCUUUAACUAAGCUUUACUUGGAUGAUACAAAAAUUGAAGAACUCCCAAAUAGUAUUUGCAGGUUGAGUUCUCUCCAAUUUCUAACUCUCAAUUCAUGCUCAUCGCUCAAAAAAUUGCCUGAUUCGAUUGGUGAUCUAAAGUCAUUGGUUACGCUUUCUUUGGAUGGGUUAAAAAAAAUUGAAGAACUCCCAAACAGUAUCUGCAGUUUGCGUUCUCUCCAAGUUCUAUCCCUUAUUUCGUGCUCAUUGGUCCGAGAAUUGCCCGAGUCAAUUGGUGAUUUAAAGUCUCUAGUUAGGCUUUCCUUGGAUGGGACAAACAUUAAAGAACUCCCACACAGUAUUUGCAUGCUGAGUUCUCUCCAAAUUCUAACUCUCAAUUGGUGCUCAUCACUCAGAAACUUACCUAUGUCAAUUGGUGAUUUAAGAUCUUUGAUUGAGCUUUCAAUACUUGGGACAGAAAUUAAAGAGCUGCCUGAUGGUGUUAAUUUGUUAGAGAAACUUGAGAGCUUUUACAUUGGUUUGGAUAAGUAGAAAUAUUUGAUGUAUGUGGUAGGUAUAUUUUUCAUGACAUUGAUCAGAUAUUCGGUUAACAAUAAUAAUUCUAUUGCAAAAUGCAAGUCAGGGACUGGGUAUUUAGCAGCUUCAAUGAA